AUGUCGCUGUAUACCACAAAGUCUUGUCAAUGUUUGCAAUGUACUGAUUAUCAAAAACUAAAGGAGGAAGCUCCAUUUUGUCACCGCCCCAGAGAAGACGAAAACGGUGUGCAUUUGCGAUGCUGUUUUCCGGGAGAGGUGGCCAGGGAGCCCGGCGCCUGCUGCUCCCGCUUCUGUUUCUCGCAGCCUGGGACCGGAAGCAGCCAGAUCCACUACUCGGUCCCCGAAGAGGCCAAACACGGCACCUUCGUGGGCCGCAUCGCUCAGGACCUGGGGCUGGAGCUGGCGGAGCUGGUGCCACGCCUGUUCCGGAUGGCGUCCAAAGGCGGCGGGGACCUUCUGGAGGUAAAUCUGCAGAAUGGCAUUUUGUUUGUGAAUUCUCGGAUCGACCGGGAGGAGCUGUGUGGUCAGAGCGCGGAAUGUUAUAUCUACCUGGAGGUGAUCGUGGAGCGGCCGCUGCAGGUGUUCCACGUGGAGGUGGAGGUGAAGGACAUUAACGAUAACCCACCGGUUUUUAGAGCCAAAGAACAAAGAUUCUUUAUUCCUGAAUCUAGACUGCUGGAUUCGCAUUUCCCGAUAGAGGGCGCUGCUGAUGCAGACAUUGGGAUCAAUGCUUUUCUAACGUACACCCUCAGCCCCAGUGAUUAUUUCGCUUUAGAUGUACAGGCAAAUGACGAAAUGAGUAAGUCACUGUCUCUUGAAUUGAAGAAGUUUUUGGAUAGAGAAGAAACACCCGAAUUUCGUUUAUUAUUGACAGCCACUGACGGGGGCAAACCAGAGCUGGAAGGUACAGUUCAGCUGCUGAUCACGGUGCUCGACGUUAAUGAUAACGCCCCAUUGUUUGCCCAGGCCGUGUACAGAGUACACUUACUAGAGACUACAGCAAAUGGAACAUUAGUGACCGCAUUAAAUGCCUCUGACGCUGACGAAGGUGUAAAUGGCGAAAUUAUCUUUUCCUUUGUCAACGAUGUGCCUCUUAACAUUAAAAAAACCUUCAAAAUAGAUUCCACCUCAGGGGAAAUUAGGUUAAUUGGUAGACUGGAUUAUGAAGAAACAAAAUCCUACGAAAUUCAAGUAAAAGCUGUUGACAAAGGAAGUCCUCCAAUGUCAAAUCACUGCAAGGUUUUAGUGAAAGUGCUGGAUGUAAAUGAUAAUGCUCCAGAAAUGGCUGUCACAUCCCUGUCUUUGCCGGUGAGAGAGGACUCUCCACCCAACACGGUCAUCGCUUUCAUCUCCUUGUCCGACCGAGACUCCGGCGUUAAUGGGCAGAUGACUUGUACCCUGACGCCUCAUGUCCCCUUCAAGCUGGUGUCCACCUUCAAGAAUUACUAUUCGCUGGUGCUGGACGGCACCUUGGACCGCGAGAGCGUGGCGAGCUACGAGCUGGUGGUGACCGCGCGGGACGGCGGCUCGCCUUCGCUGUGGGCCACGGCCAGCGUGUCGGUGGAGGUGGGCGACGUGAACGACAACGCGCCGGUGUUCGCGCAGCCCGAGUACACGGUGUUCGUGAAGGAGAACAACGCGCCCGGCUGCCACAUCUUCACGGUGUCGGCGCGCGACGCGGACGCGCAGGAGAACGCGCGGGUGGCCUACUCGCUGGUGGAGCGGCGGGUGGGCGAGCGCGCGCUGUCGAGCUACGUGUCGGUGCACGCGGAGAGCGGCAAGGUGUUCGCGCUGCAGCCGCUGGACCGCGAGGAGCUGGAGCUGCUGCAGGUCGGGGUGAGCGCGCGCGACGCGGGCGCGCCGCCUCUGGGCAGCAACGUGACGCUGCAGGUGUUCGUGCUGGACGAGAACGACAACGCGCCGGCGCUGCUGCCGCCGCCGCCGCCGUCGCCUUGGGCGCCGCCCGGGUGGCCCGGGGGCGCGGGCGGCGGGGCGGGCGUGGUGAGCCAGCGGGUGGCGCGGUGGGUGGGCGCGGGCCAGGUGGUGGCGAAGGUGCGCGCGGUGGACGCGGACUCGGGCUACAACGCGUGGCUGUCGUACGAGCUGCAGGAGGCGGCGUCGGGGGCGGCGUCGGGGGGCGCGCGGAGCGCGUUCCGCGUGGGGCUGUACACGGGCGAGAUCAGCACGACGCGCGCCCUGGACGAGGCGGACGCGGCGCGCCAGCGCCUGCUGGUGCUGGUGAGGGACCACGGCGAGCCGGCGCUGACGGCCACGGCCACCGUGCUGCUGUGGCUGGAGGACGGCGGCCCGGCGCCCAAGGCGUCCUCGCGGCGGGUGGUGGGCCCCGCGGCGGCGGAGGCGGCGCUGGUGGACGUGCACGUGUACCUGGUGGUGGCGAUCUGCGCGGUGUCGAGCCUGCUGGUGCUGACGCUGCUGGUGUACACGGCGCUGCGGUGCUCGGCGCCGCGCGGCGAGGGCGCGUGCGUGCCCGGGCAGGCGCGGCUGGUGUGCUCGAGCGCAGUGGGCAGCUGGUCUUCGUCUCCGCGGCGGCGGCGGCGGCAGCGGCAGCGGCAGCGGGUGUGCUCUGGGGAGGGGCCGCCCAAGGCCGACCUCAUGGCCUUCAGCCCCAGCCUUUCUCCAGGUGUGAACAUGUCAGAAGGAAAUGAACAUCCAGAAACAAAUUCGGAUCUUUCUGGUAAGUUUAAACUCCAGGAGAACCUGGGUGCAGGAGUCCUUGCACUGACCUUCACAGGAACCACGCCCCUCAUUUCAAGGCUGCACGAUACAGGCAUGCCUGAUUUCAUUUCCUGGCUUCAGGAAGGAGUAGGCGACCCAUGUCAGGCCAAUGCGAGAACCAUCACAACUAUCGACUGGCUAAAGGAAAGCCAUGCCAUCUAA